AUGUUCUACAACGACUGGAGGCAUUCUAUUAACCCAAAGACUUUUGAUGAUGUUGAUCUAUACCUGUUCUUUAACUUCAGGUUCACCACCAUACUAAGCUAUGCAUUCGGCACCUGGUUUUUCAUAUUUUUGAAAUGUGCAUCAUUUGUUUCUGAUAUAUAUACAUGCAUCAAAUUGUUGGCAUUCAAUACGUGGUCCAAUAGUAUCAUUAAACCGUACCUUUCCUUCAAUAUAUCAAGAUGGCUUUUUAGUGGUUGUAUCCUUGCAUCGAUUGUUUUACUAAUUUGGGAAAUUAUAUCCGGUAUCAGAGUUUAUCGUACAAGAAAUAUCGCACUGUGCUACAUUAACAACUUUUCCAGGAACCUCUAUUCUAUGACAAGCUAUCAAAAAUUCUGCGUUCUUAAUAAAAUAUCAGCCAAAAGCUUCUUCCAAAAGACAAGCUUUUUCGUAUAUUUUGAAAUAAGAGACUGUAUCAGGUUAAUUUUUGCCGAUACCCCUAGGCAAGUGAUCAACGGUCUGACACUAUGGUCUGUUUUGAUAACAACACAGGAGGACUAUGAUCUUGGCGAUCUUGAAUCAAUACAGGGUUUUGCCAAUAAGAUUAAGAUGAUUGCAGAAACAAAUAAGGAAGAGGCUAUUUUACUAAUAUUCAUGUUUUUAUCCUUCAUCCUAUGGGCAUUUUUUAUAACUAAAUUUAUUUGUGCCGUUAUUUGUUCCCCAUUCGUGUAUUUUGCAUUGAUCAAAGAAGCCAAAUAUAGCAGUCUCAGAGAAUACGUCUGUAUGUCAAUAAGUGACCAUAUCGACAAUCUAAUUGUAAAACAACAAAGGAAGAAACUAGGCGAGGAAAACCAAAAGGCAACCUUAUUAUCAUAUAGUGAAUCUUCUAUCGAGCUAAGUGACUUAGAAGCAAAUGGUAGUACAGAGUACAUUUUCGCUGGCUCUUAUGACGAUUCAAACACCUCAUUUCCUACAAAGGUGCGCCCGGCUGGGAUUUUUCCUGAAAAUGACAGUACGAAAGAUUCAGAAAUUGACAUCUUAGCGAAGCCAGUAAGAAUAACAUCAGCCAUCAUAGAUGUCAAUAGCUACAAUUCUGCUCCUAAUAGACCUUACAUACGGAAGUUACAAAACAAUAAUUCACAGUAUUCCAUUGAGCCUUUGGAAGGUAAUAUAAAUGGAUCAUCAACGUCACUGCUAUACGGACAAGGAGACUCGAACAAACCAUACAGACCGAAACCCCCAAACUUAAACAUGGGAGGACAAAGUUAUCUUGGUAACUCACAACAAACGCAUAUUUUCACACCCAUCAAAGCAUAUUUCAGAGAGGAAGAUAGAGAUAAUAAUGAUUAUGAACGGCUCAUAAAGCAUAAGUACUAA